GAAGAUACAUUUUUUUAUUCAUUGUUUUAUUUCCUGUACUGAAUUAUCGGGAGCUACAAUUUAGAGAUCUUUGUUUGUAAUACUGUCAAAAUGGCCCACUGGUUUCAUCGAAAUCCUUUGAAAGCCACGGCACCAGUCUCGUUCAAUUUGUAUGGAAUUGCUGGGAGUCCUGCAGCUAACAAAAUAUGCAAUGACCUGAGAACAACCAGGGCAAGACUUCUAGAGAUGUUCACAGAUGUCACCUGUACCCCAGAGAUUAUGAAGAAUGCCACUGAUGCUUACUUCUCUCUAUUGCAAGGGUUCAUUGCUUCUCUGGAUGGUACCACACAAGAGAACAAACUGCGGUACAUUCAGAACUUCAAGUGGACUGAUACUUUACAAGGCAACACUGCGAGUGCUCAGCAGGAUGCAGUAUUUGAAUUGGUUUCGAUGGGAUUUAACGUUGCAGUCUGGUACUCCAAAUAUGCCUCAAGACUGGCAGGCAAAGAGAAUGUUACGGAGGAUGAGGCCAAAAUAGUUCAUAAAAGCCUGAAAGUUGCAGCUGGAAUUUUCAAACAUCUAAAGGAUAUCCACAUCCCCCGCCUCAUCACUCCUGCUGAGAAGGGCAGGGAUCUGGAGCCCAGGGUUAUCGACACCUACAUUGUCCAGUGCCAAGCUGAGGCCCAGGAAGUGACUAUUGCCAGAGCUAUCGAGUUGAAGCAUAAUGCCAAUCUCAUCGCAGCCCUAGCAUUUGAAACGGCAAACUUCUAUCAGAAGGCUGACCACACACUGAACACUCUGGAGCCUGACUACAGCAGCAAGUGGAGGAAGUACCUUCAGCUCAAGCAGCACUUCUACAUGGCCUAUGCAUAUUGCUACCACGGGCAGACUCUCCUUGCCAGUGACAAGUGUGGAGAGGCUAUAAGAUCUCUACAGGAAGCUGAAAAAUGUUACUCCAAGGCCGAGGCUUUGUGUAAAGAGUACCGUCAGACCAAGGGCCCCGGCACCACAGCCAAGCCUUCAGAGCAGCUCUUCUUCCUGAAGCUCGGAGGGCUCAUCAAGAACACACUGGAGAAGUGCCAGAGGGAGAACGGCUUCAUAUAUUUCCACAAGGUUCCAGCCGAGGCCCCAUCACUGGAGCUGAAGGCUAGCUAUGGCCUGGCUGAGCCCAUUGGCUUUGAGCUUCCUCCCGUGAGUGACCAGUGCACCCCUGAGGUCUAUGCCACCUUCGACCUCACUAAGGGAGCCAAGGAUGAGAAGGCCAAGUCCAAACAGGAUGAGGAAGUGAAGCCGGUGAAGGAGCCUGACCUGAAGCCUCAGAAAGACACCGGCUGCACCAUCUCUUAAGCCCAUCCGUGAACUCACCCAGCAGACAGAGGAGGUCACUCACACUCCCCCACAACCCACAGUACUGGAGUCAUGAUUGCAUCAUUGCAAGUAAAACCCUGCACGGUGAAGGAAGCCUCUCGCUUUAGUUUCGAUGGCAGGCCGAAUACUUAUGUUUGCUGGUUUGAGUUAUCUGAAGACCUGAUUUAGUCCAGACUCUCGAGUGGGACUUACAGAAGGUCGAUAAUUUUUUUGAGUGAGUGUUCUUUACAGUUUCAUAAGAACUCAUGAUGGUGGAAGUAAACAUUAAAUUGGAAGUUUCAAAUGUCGAUCACAUGCCGAGACUGCAUGCAUUAUUGUAAUGCAUUUGUUUAUUUUGAUUUGUAGUGGUUUAUAAUCAGUAAUGUUUGAGGUGGCUUGUUCUUUUGUUGUAGCUCAUUUUAUACAUUAUAAUAGAAAUGUAGCGCAGUUAUUAUAACUUCUCCUUCUCUGGAAGACUGACCAGACUCCAUUAAGUUUACUAACGGACCACAUGAAAUACUGUGUAAGGAUUUGAAUCCUUCUCAUUCUAGGUUCCCAUCUGUAUGAUAUCUUAUAUUGCAAGAAAGUAUGUAACACUCACUGACCAAGUACUAGUCCUACGUUAAACUUUUCUUGAACAAAUUUUAGUCUGCGAUGCAAACUGGCUGUGCAGCUUAGCGUUGCGCUUGGACUCUACUGUAAAUGACCUUGAUGUGACCAUUCAUCUCCCUUCCCAAGGCUUCCUUCAAAGCAGCAUACGAGAUGUCUGCUGCGCGUCACAUCAUAGCAUUAAUUUCCCUAAGCUGCAGCCCAAGAACAAGGACAGGCUUGUGUUUUUGGGUCGCAGUUUAGCACGGACCCAGCUGUUUCCCAUCCCGAGAGGAACAAUAAUAUCCCAGUCAAAUUUGAUACGGCCACAGGGGCCCUUCAAAAUGGCCCCCAGACUGGGAGUCCACGGUGUGGGACGCCAGGGUGAAACAUGUCAUCGCUUGGCACACGGAGGCUGUCCCAGCAUGGUGUUGCCAUGGCAUGGCAUGGCACAAUCCAUGCCCCCCUACCCCAGUCUCGUGAUGGGGGGGGUCAGUCCGCUGCUUGGCCCCCAUGUGGGCUCUCUGCCUGUAAUGGCUUCCACCAAGAGCCCGUGGGCAUGGUCAAAUUUGCUGAAUGUCUGGCAGAAUUCCCAUGACCUAGUUAUGAGCAAAUUUCUUGGAUUACUCCACAAAUCAGCCACAUCAAAAGAGAUUUGAAGUACGUGAUAUUCAGUGUGACACAGGGUCUUUCAUGAAAGUUGCUUCACACAUUGUUGUUGUAUUGUACACAGCUGGAAGAUGUUAACUCCGCACAUUUGGAUAUUUUUUUUUCCAAGCCAACAGAUAAAGCUUUGCUAGCUUUUAUCAUUUUGGUAUCCUGAUAUUGGGUAUCUGCCACUGGCUCUCCGAACAUUCAUUUUCCCUGCUGAGUAUCUGUAGUUUUGUGUUGGCUUCCAAUUGCUGUGUUAUAACUCUUAGUAGUAUCACCUGAGUUAUAAAUCUCAUCACGUGACAUGUUGUAAAAUGACAGUAAUUUUGUGAUGGAGGGUUUUUUUUCUCAAAGCUUUUUGCACUUUACCGUUGUCUUAUUGAAAGUGGCCUACAUACACAUAUGGAGACUUCAAGGUGUAUUAUAAAACAUAAAAACAAUAACCGUCCUGUAGAUACAAGCUUCUUUUUCUCUGGUUGUAAGUAUUGAAAUACUCAAUUGUAAUUUUAUUUAGUAACUGUACCAAAAUGAAAUCAUUCAUUUACAUGGGUAAUGGUACACUCUAUUAUAUAAGGUGUACUUAUAUAUGAAAGUUAACCCUAAAGUCAUUGUCAUGUAUUUAUCUGUUUCCAUAAUGAACAUGCACUUCAGUGAAAAUUAAAACAUCACUAUGGUAACCAUG